GCUCCGGCUCUGGCUGGCUGUGGACGGGUCACUACGUGUCGGCGGCACUGUGGGUCGGCGGCUCUACUAGCCGGCGGUACUUCUUCGCAGGUACUAAAGCUCGAUACCCUCGGCCCAUCAGUGUAAUGGAGGACGGCGACCGGCCCGUCGGGGCCUCUCUGGUUCCGCUGGUUACCAUGGAAACGGACACCGACGCAGCCGCGUCUCCGGAGCCAGUGCUGUCGGCGGACGGCAGUGACCGCGCGCUGAGCGAGGGCCGCCUCUCGCCGAUGGCUGAGGGCCGCCAUUCGCCGAUGGCUGAGGUGGGGGUCUCGCAGCCGGCUGACCCGGCUGACCAGCCCCCCGCCGCGGGUCAGCCACCGACGGAGGACCAGCAGCCACCGGAGGGUCCGCCGCCGACCGAUGGUCUCUCGCUGGCGGCGCCCGAGGUCAGCCGGACCAGGUCGGCGCCCAGCCAGCCGUGCAGCAGGAGGACCAGCAGGUCCCCCGAGGUGGGUUUCCGACGCGCCGAGUGCCGCUCGGCCGAGGACAUGAUGCUGGGCACCCGGCAGUUCCGCAACGACCUCAGCGACUACUUCAGCAACAUGGACCCCAGCCAGUUCCACUUUUACGACUUCGGCAUACAAGACUUCCUGGUCAUGAAGAGCCACCAAAAUGUGGACAUGAGUCACGAGGACGAGGAGGUGCAGCACGGCGACUUCAACAUCGGCAUGAACGUGUCGCCCGGCCCGUACCUCAGCGACUCGGAUCUCUCCGUGGCCAGCAUCGAGCUGUCCCCGGCGCAGGUGCUGUGGGAGAAGAAGCUGCUGGACGACACGUCAAUCCUGCGGAACUGCCUGCUGAAGCGCGGCCGGCGGCAGGCACUGGCCGCCCAGGAGUCGAGCAGGGGCCGAUUGCAGGCACUGCGCCGGCGCGCCACUGAGCUCUGCUUCGGACACCAGCGCGUCAAAAACGUCGGCAGAAAGAUACUAUCACGGCCGCUCUCCGUCACCGAGAUGGGUGUAGCCGACGACAACAGCACGCGGUCCCACCAGUCGUCGCUGGAUGUCGGGGACGACUGCACCACUAUCGGUAGGCCCUCGCUGGACAUCGCCGAGGACUGUGUACCACUGAACCGCUCCUCACUGGACCUCAGCCAGUGCGGCGAGCGCGGACACGACCUCAGCGGCGAGCGCGGACACGACCUCAGCCGCGGCGGCGAGACGCGGGCGCAGCUGGCUGCCGAGCCCGCCUCGUAAGCCGAGCUGCCUGAUCAAGAACGGAGCUCGUUUGCUAUCAAAAUUUAAUAUAUUUUAGGUUCGUUGAGUAAUCCAAGUUAGUUUGCUUAUCUAUAAUUCUACUUUGUUCUGCUCCUUGAUUUUUUAGCACUUUGUAUUUUUUAUCGUUUUUUAUUUCUUCAGUGUAUUGCCUUUUCUGUCUGUAUUAAUCACAUGUGACCUCGCAAAUGCUGCGAUUUAGCUGUAAGCCGUGUAUGAUAUCCAAAAUAAACUUCAACCGCAGCAGGGCAGUGGCCCGAUCGUAACACAUUGAGGCGGAGGGAAGGGAUGUUUAAUUAACGCCCUAGCUUCUUUCGAUUCCUGGGUCACGUAGCGACACGCGGUAACUGGCGCUCUGAAAAUAAGAAAAUGGAAUUAUGGGGAAUAUCUGUGAUAGAAAUCGGGCUUAGGUAAAAACUAUGCUUCUUGACCUUCUAAAAUGAUACAGAGCCUUAGGAUCUUAG